GCUCUAACGUGCACUCCGACUGUAAGAGGGGUUACCCUCACCCAAAUCUUUUUAUUCUCAGCCGUCAGUCCCGUGUCUUGGUCCUUGGUGUAUUAUUCAAUAAAUAUGUUCUUACUUUCUGCGAUCCGUCGGUUUUUGAAAUGCAACAUUCGCGCGACAGUAGCAAUUGGAAAUAAUGGCAUAGACUGCCGGAAAUCUUCCAUUGAAAGAGAGAGAGAGGAAGGCUUGUGGACAGUCCUUGGCACAUGGUCUAGAGUCGGGAUUCUCAAUCUCCAGCAUACCAGUAAAACUGAGAGAGGGUGACACUGAGCUCUGCCUCCACAGCCGCCCGGACACGCAGAGACACCGGGGUGACUCUUCCGGUUAACUCCAAUCUCAGUCAAUUACGCGUCAGCGUCCCCACCGAUCCGAGGAAUUCCGAAGAGAGAGGCCGUUUGCCUCCAACUUCAAGAGUCCACCCAGCUCCCACUUCUGGACGUGCUUAAUUUAAAAGCUGCUGUCAGUGACACUGUGCUCGCUGUCUCAGACACUUGCUACCAGCUGAGCAGGGGGUUUGGCGAAUGUUACCUCGUGCUGGACGGUGCACAGACCUCGGCUUUCUCCCCAAACUCUGCCAAUGGACUAGGAUGAUGCCUUUUGUUCGCAGCUUGGGGGGUAUCACUGACCCCAGUCUCCUGGAAUCUGUGAGAUCUCAGUAGGAGCAACUCCUCCCCGAGCCCCUCACCGACUAACACACUGGAUAUGUCCCAGCCACAGCUGCUCAAUCUCCUACACCUCGUGCUUCAGGUGAUCCUGUCCAGCUCCAGCAAUUUUCUUGCUGGGAAGAAAGAGAUUGCAAUCGAUGGGGAUCUGGUGAUUGGUGGCUUGUUCCCAGUCCACGAGAAAGGCAAUGGAUUGGAAGACUGUGGAAGGAUCAAUGAGCAGCGGGGCAUUGAGAGGCUCGAGGCCAUGCUCUUUGCCCUGGACGCAAUAAACAAGGACCCCAGCAUUUUGCCUGGGAUCAAGCUGGGGGCCCACAUCCUGGACACCUGCUCCAAAGACACCUAUGCGCUGGAGCAGUCUCUGGAGUUUGUCAGAUCAUCACUGGCUAAAGUCGACGAGACCAAAUACAUCUGUCCAGAUGGAUCUUUCGCCAUCCACGAUGACAAGGCAUUUGCCAUCACUGGGGUCAUCGGGGGCUCGUACAGCGACGUGUCCAUUCAGGUCGCCAACCUGCUGCGCUUGUUUCAGAUUCCACAGAUCAGCUACGCCUCCACCAGUGCCAAACUGAGUGAUAAGUCCCGCUACGAUUAUUUUGCACGGACUGUGCCGCCCGAUUUCUACCAAGCGAAGGCCAUGUCGGACAUCCUGCGCUUUUUCAACUGGACGUACGUGUCCACGGUGGCAUCGGAGGGCGACUAUGGCGAGACGGGCAUCGAGGUGUUUGAGCAGGAGGCCCGUGCCAGGAACAUCUGCAUCGCCACCUCGGAGAAGGUGGGCCGCUCCAUGAGCCAGAAGAGCUACGACGGGGUCAUCAAGGCCCUGGUGCAGAAGCCCAGCGCCCAGGUGGUGGUGCUGUUCACCAAGAGCGAGGAUGCCCGUGAGCUGCUGGCCGCGGCCCACCGGCUCAAUGCCUCCUUCACCUGGGUGGCCAGCGACGGCUGGGGUGCCCUGGAGAACGUGGUGCGGGGUAAUGAGCUGGCGGCGCGGGGGGCCAUCACCAUCGAGCUGGCCGCCCGCUCCAUCGCGGAGUUCGCCACCUACUUCGUCAACCUCAACCCGGCCAACAACCGCAGGAAUGCUUGGUUCCGGGAGUUCUGGCAGCAGAGGUUCAACUGCAGCUUCCGCGAGAGGGCCUGUGCCAGCAACACACUCAGGAAGGAGAGGUACCAGCCUGAGUCCAAGAUCAUGUUUGUACUCAAUGCUGUCUAUGCCAUGGCCCAUGCUCUCCACAACAUGCAGCAGGCACUCUGUCCCAACACUACCAAUCUCUGCGACAACAUGAGGCCCCUCAAUGGCAAGAAGUUUUACAAGGAUUACAUCGUGAAGGUUCACUUUGACGCCCCUUUUCGCUCAGAUGACACGGACAGCGAAAUCCGGUUCGAUCGACAUGGGGACGGAAUCGGCCGGUACAACAUCUUCAACUUCCAGGCGAGGGCUGGGAGGUACGGCUAUCAGAGAGUUGGCUACUGGGGGGAGAGCCUCACCCUCAACACCAGCUUGAUCGCCUGGCCCAGGGCGUCCAUUCCGACAUCGCAAUGCAGCGAUCCCUGUGCCAAGAAUGAAGCCAAGAGCAUGCAGCGUGGAGAUGUUUGCUGCUGGCUCUGUAUCCCUUGCCAUCCUUAUGAGUUCCUGUACGAUGAGUUCACCUGCAUGGACUGUGGGCCAGGACGGUGGCCCACUGCAGAUCUCAGCUCAUGCUACGACCUUCCGGAAGAGUAUAUCAAGUGGGAGGAUGCUUGGGCCAUUGGGCCUAUCACCAUUUCUUGCCUGGGCUUCAUCUGCACCCUCUGCGUGUUCGGGAUCUUUGUGAAGAACAACAACACACCAGUGGUGAAGGCUUCGGGGAGGGAGCUCUGCUACAUCCUCCUCGUUGGGGUCCUCAUGUCGUACAGCAUGACCUUGAUCUUCAUCGCCAAGCCCUCAACGGCGGUCUGCACCCUGCGCCGCCUCGGGCUGGGGUCCUCCUUCGCCGUCUGCUACUCGGCCCUUCUCACCAAGACCAACCGCAUUGCGCGGAUCUUCAACGGCGUGAAGGAUGGCGCCCAGAGGCCGCGCUGCAUCAGCCCGGCCUCCCAGGUGGGGAUCUGCCUGGCACUGAUCUCCUGCCAGCUGAUCAUCGUCACGGUGUGGCUGGUGGUGGAGACGCCUGGCACCAGGAAAGAGACCACGCCCGAGAAGAGGGACACGGUCACCCUCAAGUGCAACACCAAGGAGUCCAGCAUGCUCACCUCCCUGACCUACACUGUGGUGCUCAUCGUGCUCUGCACAGUGUACGCCUUCAAAACAAGGAAGUGCCCUGAGAAUUUCAACGAAGCCAAGUUCAUUGGCUUCACCAUGUACACCACAUGCAUCAUCUGGCUUGCCUUCCUGCCUAUCUUCUACGUCACAUCCAGUGACUACAGGGUCCAGACCACCACCAUGUGUAUCUCUGUCAGCCUGAGUGGUUCGGUUGUCUUGGGAUGUCUGUUCGCCCCGAAAGUCCACAUCAUCCUCUUCCAGCCUCAGAAGAAUGUCGUGACCCAUCGCGUGACCACCAGCCGCUUCAGUGUGACUUGCUCGGGGACCACCCACUCUCACGUUUCCGCUGCGCACCAUGUACCCACUGUAUGCAAUGGGCGAGAGAUAGUGGACUCCACAACUUCAUCGUUAUGAGGACAUGAUAGCGAGAGAGAGAGAGAGAGAGAGAGCUGCUUCUCUGAGACUAACAGCAUCCCCUGUGCUGUCUAACCCACCCCUCCCUACAACACACACACCCCUCUACGUGACUGCUCCACACAUGUAUACAAAAGCCAAGAUCUUUCCAUGACAAAACCUAUUAUUAUGUUCAAUGUAUAAAAGGAGGUUUUAAAUAAGUGGACCUCUUGUGAAUUAGUAUGUGCCCUUGUAACUAAUGUAAAUAAAGUGUCUUUUUUUUAAUGAAUAUUGUAACCUAGUCCUGGUACCUACUUCUAGACUAGUACCAGGUCAGUGGAGUCAUUAGGAGGAAAUAUUACUAAAUCGAUCCCCACAAUGUAAGACAUUCUGGCAGCUAAGAGAUUCCUAGUGACUCUUUGAUGUUAAAUAUGUUGCCUGUAGUUUUACUGGUAUAACGGUUCCAGGCCCCCUGCCCCUCCCUCACCCCGCCCACUCUCUUGCUCCCUCUUUCCCGAGCGUGCUGACUUGACAUGGGCCAGAUUCUCCCAGCCUGUCCCCGGAUGCGUGAUAUCUUGCAGCUUUUCCACCCAGGAUGAGUGUCUCCUUUUCACUUUCAGUGAUGGGCAGCAUUCGAAUGGCUUUGUCUGUGUAGUUAGUGAGAAGACGUUGUCGUUGGCAAGGGGAAGGUCAGUGCCAAAUCAAAAAAUAAAGAACCCGGUGCUGUGAUGAGGGGAAAACAUUUCAUCUGGCAUUGUCGGGAAUCUGUUCCUGAAAUGGGAUUGCGGAAGUGGAUUCAGCAAACCUUCCCAAGGGAGGUAGUUAAAGGGGGAAAGAAUUGAGAGUCGAUAGGGAAAAGAGCAGUUAAGAGGGACCGGUUGGAGAUGAUGGACUGAAUGGUCUCAGUUCUGGGAGGUUCUGUGAUUUUGUAGGAAAUGCUCUAAUUCUGGGUGAAAAUCGCCACCCAAUGGUCUUGGCAUCUCCUGUUGGGAGUCAGAAAAUCAGUACCAGCCUCUCUCCUGCCAAGAAGCUAGUGUCUAUGAGUGCCCGCUGACAGGGAGUGGUGCUGGGAUCUACCCAGGGCUAGCAGCGCUACAGCGCUCACUCAUAGAGUGGUGUGGACUUUACACCAGGGCUGACCUAUCCUGGGGUUGGUAGAGCACCCAGCCAGCCCUGGCUGAUUCUUGUUUGUCUCGCUGCUCCUCCUUCGGCCCAGCCAAUCGGAGAUAAACUGGUGUGCUAUACCUAACCAACCAUAGCUUCAUGCCACAGACCAGGCAGAAAAGAAAGAGGCCAUUCAUCCCAUUCAGUUAGGGACAGCUCAUUCUCAUAGAGCUGUCCAAUUAAUGUGUUGUCCUCUUUCUCCAAUGUCUUGUAAGUCUUUCCUUUUCAAGUAUUUGUUUAAUUCCUUUUUGAAGUCCCCGUAAUAAUUUCUACUCAGGUUAUCAUCUAAAGCCCUUUUGAAUGCUUUGAUUCUCUGAACACAACGCCAUAUCUCAGAGCACAAUAAAGAAGUAGGGGGCAGUAGGUCAGUGGGUACAAUCCUGGAGCAAGGCCAUUAGACAUGAAGUCAUAUCUCUUAUAUUUUCUCUCUCCCAUGCUUCCAGAUCUGUUGAGGUUCUCCAGCACUUUCUGAUUUUAUCUGCUUCAGAUCUCGAGCAUCUUUGUUUUUAUUUUUUCACAGGCAGCAUGGUGGCACAGCAGUUAGCACUGCUGCCAGGGUGCCAGGUUCGAUUCCACCCUCAGGUGACUGUCUGUGUGGAGUUUGCACUUUCUCCCCGUGUCUGCGUGGGUUUCCUCUGGGUGCUCCGGUUUCCUCCCACAGUCCAAAGAUGUGCAGGUUAGGUGGAUUGGCCAUGCUAAAUGGGGAUUAUAGGGAUUUGCUUUUUUGAAAGGUUGGUACAAACUCAUCAUUCUGAAUGUCCCUUUCUGCUGACUAGGGAUACUGUGAAGAUGGUUGGCACACAAUUUGUUGAAGAAUGUUUUUCUAUCUUUGCAUCUUUUGUCUUAAAGAGGAGCACAUAGGUCCAGUGAGACCUGAGAAUUGCUAGGAUUGUGCUGACUGUUUUUAAUUGCUCAGUUUGAUCCCUAACACAACAGUAGCCAGUCAUGUUGAAAAUGUUAAAGGUACAGACACCAUGGUCCUAUUGGACCAUAGCCCUGCUUACUCAUUGGAGAGAGAUGUCUGGUGCUGCUUUAAUCUGAGGUGUGAUGUCAGAAUUGUUCAAGUCUGCUAUCACAUUGUUUGUUUACAUUUAAGCGAGUGCUCGAGAUGGUCCAGGUGACUCAGUGAACUCAGCAUAAACUGCUUAAUGUAAAUUUGGGAUAAAUUUCAAAUGAUUAAGAAGAGGGAAGGCACAGUAAGGAGUUUAGGUUUAUCACUGGCUAUGGAGACCAGCGAGAUUAAAGACAUCAGGGAGAUCAAGGAUGCUUGAAAACUUUUUUAUUUUGAAUAUCUGACAUCCCAAACAGAAAGCUUCAGAGAAAACAUUAUUAGCUCUCCGUAAUAUGUAUCAAAUACAACGUUAGUGAUCAGUAACAUAUAUUGUUAAUGACUCUGUCUUCUCUACCUGGUUGUGAGAAUGAGGGAAGUUAUUUCAGAAGUUUUAGUUUCAAAAGAGAUCACGAAAAUUGGGAUUUCUAUCAAAGUGUCAUGUGGAGAACAGGAAGGUAGAGACAGCCUGAUAUUCAAAGACAUCAAGGAGAUAAGAGGUCAUCAGAAAGGCCAGCGCGAUUAAGGAAAUCCGAAGGCAGGACAUUGAUGAGACUGUGGACAAUACAGUGAGCAGACAGACUACUCAUCCAGAUGUGCUAUCACCCAGGAAGAGAUGGAAAGCACCCAGCAUCUACACUAACCCCUCUCACUGGCUUCCGCCACUCACUCCCCAUUGUCAAAUUCCAGGACUAGAUCAUCAUCAAUUCUCCUCCAAUCAAAUACUGAGCUGACUGCCAGCCAGGUCAAAAUUUAGCAAUGGUUAUUUUCAUAGUAAA